AUCUAUUUUUGAGUUGAAGGUCAAGGCGACUGAAAAAUGGCGAGCUUGAAGGUUGUCAACUUUUUGCAAGUUCUAUCCCAAAGAUCUUUGAUCAGAUCGUUUCAUGCUUCAAAUCAACACUUUGUUGACAUUAUACAUCGGCCCGUAACACUUUCGGGAGAUAAAAAUAAAAUAACAAUAAAUAACACGGAAGAUAUCAGUGUUAUAUCUGGAGUACCGGAGGAACAUAUAAAAGAGCGUAGAGUGAGAAUAUUCGUUCCACCUAAGAAUGCUAUGCAGAGCGGGACCCAUGGUUCUAAAACUUGGAGACUAGAGUUUGAUACUAGAGAGAGAUGGGAAAAUCCUCUUAUGGGUUGGAGCUCAACGGGCGAUCCUUUGUCAAACACUCACGUAGAAUUUUCAUCUAAAGAGGAUGCAGCUGCCUUUUGCGAAAAGAAUGGUUGGAAGUACCAAAUUGACGAGAGAAACUGGCUUCAAACAAGACCCAAAUCAUACGGGGCAAACUUCUCUUGGAAUAAACGUACAAGGAUAGGCUCUAAGUAA